AUGGAUCAGCACAGAUAUUCAGAAAAACCAGCAGUGUUUACCCACAGAGUUCUAAAGAUUUCUGCUAUUGGGCUGAGGAUCCUCACCACCAUUUUCCUCUUUCUGUCACUCAUCAUUCUCAUCACCAAAGUUAAUGCAAACGGGCCGAGCGACGAUGACACAGUUCACUUUUAUGACCUUGUUGGAUACCGGUACAUGACUGCCACAAUUGUUCUUGGAGGUGCAUAUUCAAUCUGGCAGACCAUGACGGCAGUUAUCCGCCUGAAGAAAGGAUAUGAGGGGAACUUUGAACUUGAAUACUAUUGCGAUAAGGUUAUGUCGAUAGCAUUAGCCACAGGAUCAGUUGCAGGAUUUGUUAUGACUGGAGAAUUACAAAGAGAAGCCUACAAAGUUAACAACGAGACUGAGCAUUACCACCACAAGUUUUUCAAAAUGGGAUAUGCAGCAGAUGGUUUCCUCUUCCUUGGGUUCAUUUGCGCACUUAUAUUAUCGGAACUCUCUUCAUAUGCGCUCCCUAGGAGAUUUUAGAUUUCAGAUGCACCAGGCCAACGUCAUAGAAGUAUCAUUACCUCUUGCUGUUAGUUGGAUUCAUGUCUUACCAUUUAAUCUUCAAUGGUUUGAGAGCUCUGGUUUAAGGUGUGAUUAUAUAUGCAUGUCGACAUGACAACAUUCAUGUAAGGCUACUGGUGUAAGUACUAUGAAACAAAA